AAGAAAACAAACCCAGCUAAGAAGAAAAAGAAAAGACAUGGCUUCUAUGAACAACUGGUUAGCUUUCUCUCUUUCCCCUCAAGAACUUCCCUCACAAUCCCAAAACACCAUCACUCGUCUCGGUUUCAACUCAGAGGAGGACAACGUCUCCGGCGACUGCUUCGAUCUUGGUGGCUCAGACUCAACAACUCCUUCACUUAACGGCCCUUUUGGUAUCUUAGAAGCUUUCAACAGAACCAACCCUAACCAACCAGACUCUCAUGAUUGGAACUUCAAGACAAGCUCAGAGCUUUCCAUGUUCAUGAGAGGCUCUACAAGUAACCACAAACUUGAUCAAGAAGAACCCAAGUUGGAAGACUUCCUUGGUGGUCACUCCUUCACCGACCAUGAACAGAAACUCUCUGGGUGCAAUUCCAUAACCACCAAUGGAGACUACAUGUUCUCCAACUGCUCUUUACAACUUCCAUCGUCGGUAACACCGACACCAAACAGUGGUGGUUGUGGUGGUGGUGGUGGUGGUGGUGGUGGUGGCAUUACUAUAAAUGAAUCCAACAACCAUAACUCUAUUGGGUUAUCGAUGAUAAAGACAUGGCUGAGGAACAAACCGGCACCACCAGAGAACCAAAACGAUGGAGGAAGUAGCUGUGGUGGGACAGCUACUACCGCCGCCAAUAAUGGAACCCUAACAAGUUCUCAGUCCCUUUCCUUAUCUAUGAGUACUGGGUCACAGUCAAGCUCAGCUUUGCCUCUACUAGCAGCGGCAUCCGGCGGUGGCGGCGGUGGGAGCAGUGUUGACUGUUCUUCUGAGAAUAAGGAGAAGACAACAGCAGGUCUUGAUAGCCAAACUGGAGCAAUAGAGCCAGUGGCAAGGAAGUCUAUUGAUACUUUUGGUCAAAGAACCUCUAUCUACCGUGGAGUAACAAGACACAGAUGGACAGGUAGAUAUGAAGCUCAUCUAUGGGACAAUAGUUGCAGAAGAGAGGGACAAACCCGUAAGGGAAGACAAGUCUAUUUGGGUGGUUAUGACAAAGAAGAAAAAGCAGCUAGAGCUUAUGAUUUAGCUGCAUUGAAGUACUGGGGUACAACUACCACAACAAAUUUUCCUAUUAGCAAUUAUGAGAAGGAGAUUGAAGAGAUGAAGCACAUGACCAGGCAGGAGUAUGUUGCAUCACUUAGAAGGAAAAGUAGUGGGUUUUCUCGGGGUGCAUCAAUCUAUCGGGGAGUGACAAGACACCAUCAACAUGGAAGAUGGCAAGCUAGGAUCGGAAGGGUAGCAGGGAACAAAGAUCUAUACUUGGGCACAUUCAGCACCCAAGAAGAAGCAGCUGAGGCCUAUGAUAUUGCAGCCAUAAAAUUCCGUGGUCUUAAUGCAGUAACCAACUUUGAUAUGAGCAGAUAUGAUGUAAAUAGCAUACUUGAGAGCAGUACUUUACCUAUUGGAGGAGCUGCAAAGCGUUUAAAAGAAGCUGAACAAACUGAAACAAGUGUAGAUGGUCGGAUGAGUACUGAUGAUGAUAACAUAAGUUCUCAACUAACUGAUGGGAUUAACAAUUAUGGAUCACACCAUCAUGGAUGGCCUACAAUUGCAUUCCCACAAGCUCAACCUUUGAACAUGUACACUUAUGGACAGCAAAGAGGUUGGUGUAAACAAGAACAAGAUCCAAUCACUGCACACAGCUUUCAUGAUCUUCAUCAUCUUCAAUUGGGCAAUACCCAUAACUUCUUUCAACCUUCUGUGAUGCACAAUCUCAUGAGCUUGGAUUCGGCGUCUCUGGAACAUAGUUCAGGUUCUAAUUCUGUUUUUUACAAUGGAGGAAAUGGAAGUGGUGGGAAUAAUGGAAGUUUUCAAGGAGUUGUGAAUGGAAACAAUACUGGUUAUGUAAUGCCUAUAGGUACAGUGAUAGCUGAUCAAAACAACCAUAAUCAGGGGAGUAGUAGUAGUAGUUAUGUGGAUCAUGAUGGUAAGCAAUUGGGAUACGAAAAUGUGUUAGUAUCUGCAGAUCCAUUUCAAGGUCGAAAUCUGUAUUAUCUUUCACAGCAACAAUCAGCAGCAAUGGUGAAACCUAAUGGGUAUGAUCAAGGCUCAAGUUGCAAUAACUGGGUGCCUACUACAGUACAAACUCUCACACCAAGGUCUAAUAAUCUUGCUGUUUGUCCUAGUUUUCUUAGUAUGGAAUGA